AUGGACGAGGAGAAGAGAGACGAUGGUGGGGCGAUUCGAAUGAACAAAAGCGUGACGUUGUUGAAUGGAGUGACCAUCAUUGUUGGAUGCAUCAUUGGAAGCGGAUCCCCGUUGAUGGCCCUGAUCGUGUGGGUCGUCUGCGGUCUGAUCUCCAUGAUCGGCGCCCAAUGCUACGCCGAACUGGGCACCAUGAUCACGAAAAGCGGCGGCGACUAUUCCUACAUCCUGGUGGCAUUUGGCCCAUUCCCCGCAUUCCUCAAACUAUGGGUGGAACUCAUCAUCAUCCGACCCGCCAUACAAACAGUGGUGGCUCUCACGUUCGCCGAGUACGCCACAAAGCCGUUCUUUGCUGACUGCGAGGCGCCUGCGAAUGCCAACCGACUCCUUGCUGCUGCUUGCCUGUGCUUGCUCACAUACAUCAACUGUGCCAGCACAAAAGCAGCAACUCGUGUCCAAGACAUUUUCUCAUUUGCCAAGGUCGGGGCACUGAUCGUCAUCAUUAUUGCUGGUGUAUUUCACAUGGCACAAGGAAAUGUGGAGAACCUGCAGAAACCGUUGAUAGGAGAUUCCUUCGAUGCACGGCCAGACAGUGACCGUGAGAUGUUCCCGGAGAAACGAAUACGACCAACCUUAAAGGAGUUAAUGCAGUGUCGUCUCGAGAAUCUGCCGCGUGCUAUAUACAUCAGCAUGCCGUUGGUAACGCUGAUCUACAUGCUGACAAAUUUGGCCUACUUUGCUGUCGUGUCUGAUGCCGAGAUCAGAGCGUCUCCAGCCACUGCUAUCUCAUUUGGAGUGCGAAUGUUUGGAUCCUGGAGUUGGAUCAUUUCCGUAUUCGUGGCUCUGUCAACUUUCGGAGGAGUGAAUGGCAUGAUACUGGUGGCAUCUAGACUCUUUUGGGCUGGAGCGCAAGAAAAUCAACUGCCCCAGUUCUUUUCCUACAUCCAUCACCAGAGGGAGACUCCUAUCCCCACCAUUUUGUUCUCUUGUAUGUUGUCACUCCUGUUGCUGGCAGGCAAAGACAUUGGUGCCUUGAUCAACUACUUGAGCUUUGUGCUUUGGCUGUCCUGUGGUGCAGCAGUUGCAGGACUUCUGUACUUGAGGAAAACUAUGCCAAAUGCACCAAGACCAAUCAAAGUCAGCCUUGUGUGGCCCUUUUUAUUCCUGAUUGCUUGUGCCUUCCUGGUUUUCUUUCCUCUGUAUGCCUCACCUGGUGACACUGGAAUGGGUCUCUUGAUCAUGAUGACAGGAGUUCCAGUUUACUUCACGUUCGUUUACAAGCACAGGUUUUCCGAGCGCAUAUCAAAAAAAUUCCAAUGGUUCGCAAAUUUCCAACAAAAGCUGCUGCUCUUGUUGAAACCGGCGACUGAGGAAGAAAUGGUGCCACUGCGAAGCAAAGGUGGUGUCACUGACGACGACGACGACGACGACGAACCCGUGAAAUUGGCAAAAUCAAACGACGACAGCGACGAUUCCAACAUAGUAACAAAACGUGUCGUCAAUUAA